UUGUAGAACUUGUAACUGGGUAUAUUUACCCGUAAUAAAUAAAUAAAAAUAAAAGUUUAGCAUGGGAUAGCAACGGUGUACAGGUAUCGAUGGAGAAAACUCCUAUCGAAGUACAGAGUCUGUAUCGAUAACACUCACGUCUGUAGAUCCCGUUAUUCACAGCACAGGCAUCAUCACAGCCAAGGUCUUUUGAGUUCCGACAAUAAAGCCCGUCGACGUAUCGCCCGCACUUCAAUCGGCCACCUACCUCGUUGGUAAGACAUCACUCCGACACUCACCAGGUAAAAUUUAAAAGAAAAAAUGCCUCUUCAACUCCAAAAACCUGCACCCCAGUUCAGCACUGUCGCAGUUGUCAACAAAGAAUUCAAAGAAGUUUCGUUGAAAAGUUAUGAGGGGCAAUACGUCGUCUUAUUUUUCUACCCACUCGACUUCACUUUCGUAUGCCCGACAGAACUCAUCGCAUUUUCUGACCGACUCGCUGAUUUUGAGAAAUUGAAUUGCGUCGUUCUCGCUAUUUCCUGUGAUUCUCAGUUCAGCCAUUUGGCCUGGAUCAACACGCCGAGGGAGGAAGGUGGCCUAGGUGACAUAAAGCUUCCACUUCUUGCUGACAAAACAGGAAAGAUUGCCAGGGAUUUCAACGUUUACAAUGAAGAGACAGGAAUUCCAUUCCGUGGGCUUUUCAUUAUCGAUAAGGCUCAGAAUCUAAGGCAGAUCACUGUCAAUGACUUGCCAGUCGGAAGGGACGUCGAUGAAGUCCUCCGUCUUGUUCAAGCAUUCCAGUUUACUGAUACUCAUGGAGAAGUCUGCCCAGCCAACUGGAAGCCUGGAUCAAAGACCUUGGCACCGACAGCUAACGGAAUCAAGAGCUACCUUAAAACACCAAAUGGAGUCGAGGAAAAUAAGAGGACUAGGCCUGAAGGUGUCGAGAAAAACUUAAUAAAAAAGCCUAAAGUCUGAUUAUGUUAGUUUCUUCUUGCAUUUAUCUUUAAAUUUUUUGUUUUGUUCAUUCUUUCAUUUGAAUAACAUUUUUAUUUCUUGUCUUACUGGAUUUUUCCUUAGUGUUGUACAUUUGUAAUUAUCAAGAUUGAUAUUAUACUAAUUGCCUAAUGAGUUGUGACAAUUUUAAUACGUUUUGGUUACAAAAGAUUGGAAAAUAAAAAUAAAUGAGUUACAGAGCAAUGAA